UCAAAAUUCCAGCAGUGUAUUACUAGUGCGGACGGGUUUUGUGAACAUGGUGAUGUUGAUGUCCACUAAAACUAUGAUGAGUGUAAACGAUGGGGAACAGAUAGAAUAGAAUGGAAUAUAUCAACCAGCCAUGGUCAAACAAGGAAUCAAGAUCUUCUGUCGGAUAAAGCCGACGAAAGCCAAAACCGGGCUUUUUGAAAUUGAUGAAGACGACAGUGGCUUCCCUAAGCUGAGCGUUGUUGUCCCCAAGGACUUGGCGUCCGGCUUCAUCAACAACAAGAAGGAGGAAUACUCUUUUCGAUUUGAUGGGUUAUUUGACCAGUACACCAAGCAGGAUGAGAUCUUUGACAAUGUGGCCAAAGAUGUCAUUGACAACUGCUUGCUUGGAUACAAUGGAACUAUCUUUGCAUAUGGACAGACUGGAAGUGGGAAGACAUUUACCAUCACUGGAGGACCAGAGCGUUUCAUCGAUCGUGGAAUCAUUCCCAGGAUGCUCACGUAUCUGUUCGAGGAAUAUGCUAAGAACCCUGGCCAUGUCUACACCACUCAUAUCUCCUAUCUGGAAAUUUACAACGAGAGUGGAUACGACUUGCUGGACCCCAAGCAUGAGGCUGCAAAGCUGGAAGACUUGCCGAAAGUUUCCCUUAUGGAGGACAGUGAUGGCAACAUCCAUCUCAAGAAUCUCUCCAUCCAUCAGGCCAGUAAUGAGGAAGAGGCCCUCAACUUACUCUUCCUUGGAGACACUAACCGCAUGAUUGCAGAGACGCCCAUGAACCAAGCCUCCACCCGUUCUCACUGCAUCUUUACCAUUCACGUGUCCGUCCGUGAGGCAGGAUCAGCCACCAUCCGCAGGGCCAAGCUACACCUGGUGGAUCUCGCUGGAUCCGAGAGAGUUGGCAAGACGGGAGUUGGAGGGACGCUACUGACUGAGGCAAAGUACAUCAACCUGUCACUGCACUAUUUGGAGCAGGUGAUUGUUGCCUUAUCGGAGAAGUCGCGGACGCACAUACCGUAUCGCAACUCCAUGAUGACGUCUGUCUUACGAGACAGCCUAGGGGGCAACUGCAUGACCACCAUGAUUGCGACAUGCUCGGUGGAGAAAAAGAACAUUGAUGAGUCCAUCUCGACGUGUCGAUUUGCCCAGAGGGUGGCCCUGAUCAAGAAUGAUGCCUUCCUGAAUGAAGAGAUUGAUCCUAAACUCAUGAUUGCACGAUUGAAAGCAGAGAUACAGGAGUUGAAGAACCAACUGGCUCUAGCCACGGGAGAACAGAGCAUGGAUGAGUUGACUGAUGAGGAUAGGGAGAGAUUAACUGAGCUUGUUGACAGUUAUAUCCAAGACUCAGAUCCCGAGGCAACGCUGAAUGUCGGGGCUGACAUGCGCAAGAUCAAUGAGUGCUUCAGGAUGCUCAAGAGAUUGGCACAAGGGAAGGGGUUUGCCUCGGGCGGCUCCAGACAAAAGCAGAGGGAGGAGGAAAGAAUGGAAGAACAGCGGAUGCCUAAUGAAGAUCCCAUGUCAUCCAUUGACUCAGUGUCAACUGUCAAUCAAGCUGAGAUGAACAAGAUGAAGGAACUGCUCAAACAGAGGGACAAUGAAAUCAACAUCCUCGUCAAUAUGCUGAAGAAAGAGAAGAAACGAGCCCAGGACGCCCUCAGUCAACUCCAUAACAGGGCUGGAAGUCACCAGCCGGAUCUGUCUGCUUCCUCCUCAGACCAGGACAUUCCAAAUGGCUACAAUUCCAACAUCACCUCCUCCAGAGCGAGCGACAAAUCACAGGAGCCGCACAGGUCACAUGGGAGGAGAUCCAGGCAGGGAAGGACCCAAUCGGACGAGGACUACAGGUCACGUGACAGGGACAGGCAGUCUGUCGACCAAUCAGAUGCAAUGCUUAGGUCAGGUGACGGUGCAAGGCACAAGGUGGAGAGUAGCUCUUCCUCAUACAGGCUGAAAGACUCGAAAAGGAAAAUUUUAGGUGACAUGUCUGUGGGCAGGCAGGAAGCCUUUGAGAUCUUCCGUCGUGACUACCCCAACAACGCCGGCAUAGAGGACAACAAGCAGCAACUCAAACAGCGCUACUCAGAAGCCAAGGCCAAGGGACAGUUCGUCAACGAAUGCAGACAAAAUAUUAACAAGCUGAAGAGCCAAAUUGAGCACCGACGCCUGCAGCUGGCCAUGAGCGGGGAGCAGGACCCCGGCCAACCGGAUGAGGUGGAGCAGGCGCUACGGCAGCAGAUGGAACAAGAGAAGGCCAAUUACAAGGAGAUCUUCAACCAUCUCCGGUCACUCAAGACCGAGAUUGAGCACCUACAGCACUUCCUGGAGAAGUCUCGACUGCAGCUGCAGAAAGACUUUGAGCUUUGGUGGGCUGAGCAAGCUGCUAAUGUGCAGGCCCAGCAGUCACUGCCUCAGCCCCAGCCCCCUACAGCACCCCCAUCCAAUCCCUCCAAGGCCUGGAGAACGCCCCCUAUUUCACCCCUGAAGGACCAGGUCUCGGACCAUCAUACUACCACCGCCACCCCCCAUCAUCAGGGUCAUCUCCCACAAAGCACUGUGUACACCGCAGACCCAGCGUCUGCCAGAAGGCCGUACUCAGGGACCUCCAGGAAUGCCCUGCUCGGAGCCCUGUCCGCACAGGUGGACAGAGGCGGUGGGAGACCCCCGGUGGUUCCGCCCCUGGGGAAGCCGUCAUCCGCAGGGGGUGUGGAAGGCCCAGAGUCAAAGUCCAGCUCACGUCGCUCAAGGUCCUUAGUGGAUUCAUCCGGCCAGUCGGCCGUUCAGCUUACAGGGGACAAGAGGGCCGACGCAGACAUCAUGGCCUUCAUCAAAGCCAGGCAGAAUCUACUCCAAGCCAGAGGUCAAGCCCCAAGGUAGCAUCUGUGCGCGCUUAACAUUUUGGCUCAAAACGUCCUUUGGUACUGCAUGGAUAUUACUACAGGGAUGAGCAGCUCAUCAGCAUCCACAUACUCCACGGAAUGCCAACUUUAUCUUCCGAUGAGCAUCCUCCAAAAGUCUAAAUCACUCCAUAGGGAAUCUUUGCUGAUUUGGGGUUUCGCUUCCUGCAAUGCAUGCCAUGGAUGUUGGUUCGUGUAUAUCUGCAGCUCUGUGAUCCAGUGGUUAUGUGUGUGUAACUCACACGCCACGGUACAUGGGUUGCAACCCAGACAGGGAACAUGGUGCUUGUGUUCUUGGGCAAGACACUUUACCACAAUUGCCCCUCUCUUCACCUAGGAGUAUAAAUGGGUACCUGUGAGGGCAGAGACCAGAUUACGCUGAUCUCAAAGUGCUUCACAAACAUGGUCUCGUGGCCUGAUGAACAGGCGUAAAAAUUAUGAGGCGCUUUGAGACCUCUAUUAUAACAUGAAGAUAGUAAAUCAAAACAAAACAUAGUAAAUCGUGACGUAAUAAACAGGACUCGUUUAUAC